AAAAGUUAUGCUGCUAGCUUACACAUAUACGAGGCUAGCGGGAAACGGCCACUAUGAAAGGGGAAUAGAACGGUUCAUACUAUGAUAACAAAUAAAGUUUAACACUUAAAGGCACAAAAAAACAAACAGUCAAGCCGAUAUUUGUUCCUCAGAUGCCGCUCUGAUACUUAACAAGCUGUCAUGAACGAUCAUUUUGACCGAGCUCCUGGAGCAGGGAGAACCCGCGGACCAUCAAUGGAUCCUGGGCUAGCAGUUAACGCCAAAGACGCUGAAGCUAAAACCGCGGUGUUCAACCCAAGAGAACCGCUGAGACAGCCGCGAACCAUCCAUCCUUUCCCCGAGAGCAGCAUCAACUCGGCUGCUGGAUUACCCAGUGGAGAUCAUCAACCGCUCGGCAGCCCUCUACAGAGUGUUAGCGCCAGCCAUGCCUCAAUGGACUCAGUGGUCAGGACAUCAACGCUUUCAGCAAGUGCUCCAGAGUUUGUCCCCUUUGGAAUGAGCUCAUAUGAAGAGCCUGCAUAUUAUGAUGAUAGUGAAAGCUAUUACAGCGAGUCCUCCUUGGCUGAUACAGUCACAGAUUUCCUCGAUCACCUGAGCUCCUCUCCUGGCUCCUUUGAUUUUGACGUUGAAAACAUUACCGGCAUGCUUAACUGCUGGGUCACUACAGAAGAGCUUUUAAAGGAACUAGUGGAGCUGAUCUUUACACAGUCUACUGCAAUCCCGAACUUCGCCUACACCGGAGCCAGACUUUGUAAUUACUUGUCCCAUCACCUCACCCUCAGCCCACAAAGUGGCAACUUUCGCCGGUUGCUUUUGCAGCGAUGUCAAUUAGAGUACGAGCAAAGAAAUGUAGCUGUUCGAGGAAACCCGGAGGUUCAGAAGAAAUUUCACUCCUUUGUGUUAUUUCUGGGAGAGCUCUAUUUAAAUUUGGAGAUAAAAAGUGGAAAAGCGCCUCCAAACAGAGCAGAAAUUCUCCUCUUGGCUCUUAAAGACCUGCUGGAGAGUCUGCUUUCACACCCUGUGGACGCAAACCUCAUCUGUGCUGUCAAGCUACUAAAGUUGACCGGUUCAAUCCUGGAUGACGCCUGGAAAGCAAGUGGGAGGCCACACAUGGAUGAACUGGUCCAAAGAAUUGAGACAAUUCUCCUGGAUGCUACAUGCAGUAGGGACGUGAGACAGAUGCUACUAAAAUUAGUGGAGCUGAGGUCCAGCGACUGGGGCAGAGUCUGUUCUGCUGCUGCCACUAGUAACGCCACACCAGACAACGACCCAAACUACUUCAUGAACGAACCUACGUUCUACACUGAAGAUGGCACACCUUUUACAGCAGCAGAUCCUGAGUAUGCUGAAAAAUAUCAAGAGCUCCUAGAGAAGCAAGACUACUUUCAUGAGGUUGAUGGUGAAAAUGGCAACGAAGAAUACGACUUUGAGGAUGAGAUGGAUCCUGAAAUUGAAGAGGCGUAUGAGAAUUUCUGUUUGGAGUCUGAGAAGAAACGACAGCAAUGAUAUAAGCAGGAAGAUACAUUGUGUUUCGCUGGGAUGCU